GGAAGUCGAGAUGGAUUUACACCUAAAAAAUUUCACGAAUUAUGUAAUGAUAUAUCUCAUACCGUUACAUUUAUUAAAGUAAAAGGAACAGAUGAAAUUAUUGGUGGAUAUAAUCCGUUAAUAUGGAGGAGAUCUUCUGGUAGUUGGGAUAAAACUAAAGAUAGUUUUAUUUUUUCUUUCAAAAAUAAUGAUGUCAAAGAUGCAAUUAUUAGUAAUAUAGAAAAUAUAGAUUAUGCAAUAUAUUGUCGAUAUGACCAUGGUUCGCGUUUCGGUGAUGAUAUUGUCAUGCAUGCUUCUGGUGGGGAAUGCGCAUAUUACAAUGAUAUUCGUUGUAAAAAGGUGCAAUAUAAUAAAAAGAUAAGAGAUACCGAGGGUAAUUUUUCCAUAGAUGAUUAUGAA